AUAAGGCCGUAAUUGAGUGUCCGUUAUAUGCAGUAAAGGAGUGACGAGUAAUACAAAGCGUUUGAGACUUCCUUUUCCUCUCACUAUUCAAGCAUUCAUUCAAACAUUCAUUUUGUCUGAAGUCAGUCAACAAAUUGAGACCAACUUUUUGACCGAAAUCUAAGUCUAGUUUUCGGAUCCGAUAUGAGAGCAAAGUGGCGGAAGAAGCGUAUGAGGAGAUUGAAGCGGAAGAGAAGGAAGAUGAGGGAGAGGUCCAAAUAGACGGCACCCGAAGACAUCAGCGGAUCAAUUGGCAAAGCGACCACUGAUGGCAACGUUAGACCGCAUUCAUAAAUCUCAUCUUUUAAUGACAAACACUUUGUUUAGUAUAACUCGUGUUUCGAUGGCAUGUGAUUUGUAUGCAUCGCCUAAUGUUGUAAUGAAUUUAAACCUUAAAUACUUUGUAAUGAUUUAAUAAAAAACAUUUAAAGUGUUCCUAAAAAAUGGCAAUUUCUCUCUUCUAUUUGGUCCGCCUUUUUCCCGAUGGCGUCGGGAUUCGCGAGCGGAUCCAAUCAAUGAGUUGGCUCGGCAUAAACGCAUCGACACCAGUGGCCCCUGUAUUGGGUGCCCCACCGAUAGCACCCGUACUGGCGUUGGUCUCAAUAAUGGGAGCGUUCGGUGCGUUCAAUAUCUCAUUCAAGAGACUCAAGUCAUCCAUUUUUGUGUCACUUAGAGUCAAAAUAUCAGUGUUUUGUUGCGCUUCCGAUGUCUUUAAACUAUUUUUCAAACUAUUGUCUCCUUUGGAAUCAAAGUUGAGAUCAAGUAAUGAAUUGUUUGCUUUGGAAUCAAACGAGAAAACCCCUUGUCGAAAACCAAACAAAACUCAGCUUCAGAAAGACGGUUUACCAAAUUUAAAGAACAAUAGAAAUAACCGAAAUAACCACCUCAGCAGCAGGGAUAUUAGCCGGAGUUUCUUUAUAAGCCGAUCCUUGUCUUCGUCGUCAUCGUUGUCGUCAAAGAUCUUCCGAAUGUCAUCGUUAUUAGCGGUGUCUUCGGCCAACUUUCUGCUCGUUUCGGUCAACUCCUUAAGUGUCGUGAAUUCUGUCGGCGACGGCGGCCAUCGUUUUGGACGACUUUUCCCAGAACUGAACCGAAGAGUUCUGAUAACCGACCAAAGCGUUGGAAUACAUAUUACAACGCGAGGCCGACAACAGAUCAAUCUUCUGGAGAUGUCCGGAUCUAACUUCUCGGACACGUCUUUCAUCCACAGGAGUGCCGCGCGAUAUGCGGUUCGCGAGGACUCCAUCUUAUCGACGCAUAGUGUCGGCCACCGCUCGGUAUUGAAAUGUCUCCACUUCUUGGUAGAGUCGCACCAAUGGGUUCCGCAAUUGGAUCCGUUGUUGGGCUGUAUAGCACAUGGUCUUACCGGACGCGGCCAUCAUUUUCCCGGCCCGAGUCUUGUCCAGUUUGGAGCACUCCUUGAGGAAGCGUCCGGCGGCCGACUCUUCGUGAGCCAAACCGCAGAUGCGGUUCUGACACGACUCGUCAAUCGACCGCAACAACUGUCGCGUCAAAUCAGUGCCAAUGAGAUUACAAUAUCACUCAACACACCAUCGAUUCAUACCUCGAGUUUGGCGUCGAGUUCGGCGUCGGAGGCGACGAUACAAUCGUCUUCUUUUCUUUCCGAAGAAACGCCUGUUUUGUUGUCCAAUACUGGCAUUGCAUGCGUGAGAGCGUCGAGUCGUCGUAUCGCUCAACAUAUCUGUCAUAUGUUUGGCCGUAAAUACCAUUCCUGUCAAUACUCAGCCGUUAGCAACACAUCCACCAAUCAAUGCACGCAAUACUCACGAAAAGAGUCAACCCUUGCGUCAUAUCAAACGCGUGAGAAAUUGAUGAUUAUUGAUAUGAUUAUGAAUGGCGACCAAAGAGUGAGUGUCGCGACAGAGAAGGGCAAGAGUGAGGUCUGGAACCGAUUUGAACGCAUUCUUGUGGACCAAAUGCCUUCGCUAUACGUGAAGUGCAAACAUUGUGAUAGUAUUCAUAAACACACCCACACUGUGGGCACUAAAGGACUACUUAAACAUCGCUGCAAGACAUUCACCGAAGAGGACAUGAUUGACAGCAAACCCACUCAGAAAACUCUGAUUAUAGACGACAAGACUUUAAUCAAACAAUUGACUGAAGAGACCAAUAGUCUAAAACUUAUUGUUGAAAAGUGUCUGCAAAUGAUUGACAACUGUUUUUGUGACAAUAAGUAUAGCUCUGACCAAAGGAAAGAAGUCAAUCAAUUGCUUAACGAUUAUAACAAAUUUGUCUCAAAAACUCAAACUUAUGAAUCAAUUGUUACACCAAAAAACCGGAACACAGAAUCAGACGCUAAUACAGCGUUUGAUAAUUCAGUGAUUACUACUAAAAGUGGUCCAAAGAUUGGAUGGAGAUAUGUGUGCGAAUGGCCCGGAUGUGAAAUGAAAUUUAGAUUAAACUCUAAACUUCGGGAACACAGCGAUACCAUUCAUUUAGGCCUUAAAACUUUUAUAUGCGAUUGGCCCGGCUGUGAGGAGCAGUUUGAGAAAAAGGUUCACUUAACCAGACAUACCAUCAAAUGUCACACACACGACCAUCCUUUCAAAUGUGAUGAGUGCUCCUUUGGGUCCAAUUAUAAAGCUCAUCUAAUAUACCAUCAAAGAAGUGUUCAUUCAUCGGAAAAGGCAUUCCUGUGUGAUUGGCCCGGCUGUGAUUUUGGCACUAAUUAUGAAAAAGUUCUGAAAACACAUAAAUACACUCAUUCUGGAGAAAAGCCAUAUAAAUGCAAUUGGCCCUCUUGUGAGUGGACCUUUCGACAGCCCCAUCACUUGAAGGCACACACACUUAAACAUACGGGUGAACGUCCGGUUAGUUGUCAACACAUUAGUUGCGACCGAAAGUUUACUUCACGACAGGCGAUGAGGAAUGGUAUAUACGGCCAAACAUAUGACAGAUAUGUCGAGCGAUACGACGACUCGACGCUCUCACGCAUGCAAUGCCAGUAUUGGACAACAAAACAGGCGUUUCUUCGGAAACUCAAACGAAAAGAAGACGAUUGUGUCGUCGCCUCCGACGCCGAACUCGACGCCAAACUCGAGGUAUGA